GAGGCUUUCCAGAGCGGAGGGAGGGCCAAGGGGAAGGGGAAAUGUUUCCCCUACCCGGGAUCUCCAGACGGCUUCCUUCGCGUGGGCGAGAGAGACACCCAGGUGCAGCCCCUGCAGGCUCCGGGACUACAAUACCCAGAGGACCGGAGGGGAAGAGUCUCCCGACGUCGGUCGCGGAGGCUGCUGGGAACUGAAGUCCAAACUAAGACUGAACUUUUGCUGAGAUCCUGUAAAGAUCCAACCCGCACUUUUUAUCGACGGGGAGAUUCGGGCUCAGAGACCCAAGAGGAAACUGAUCAGGAAAGGGAAAACUGUGCCUGAAGGAGUGGGGCAAGGGCUCAGAAGUCAGUCUCCUGAAGCCACGGCGAGGCAGGCGUCUCGGCUCUUCUGUAUCUCCGUGGCCAGGUCGCUCUCGGCUUCUGGGCCUCGCCCUUCCUGUCUGUGAAAUGGACUCUGGGUGAAUCCAAAUGGGAUCUUCUCGGUCCACGUCCUGCCCCUCCGGGACUACAAGUCCCAAGGUGCUCCAGGCGCCCUCGGCUCCCCCUCCCCUCAGGGACCCGCCUCCCUGCAGCCCGAGUCACGUCGUCUAACCUGUUCCCCGCUCCUGCCCCGCCCCGUUCUCCGCUCCCGAAAGCCGGAGCCCGAGCCGGAGGAAGCCCCCCGGUGCCAGGAUCUGCCCCGGAUCCGCGCCCGCUCCGGCUGGCACCAUGGACAGCGAGGCAUUCCAGAACGCGCGGGACUUUCUGGACCUGAACUUCCAGUCGCUGGCCAUGAAGCACAUGGAUCUGAAGCAGAUGGAGCUGGACACCGCAGCGGCCAAGGUGGAUGAACUGACCAAGCAGCUGGAGUCGCUGUGGUCAGACUCUCCCGCGCCUCCUGGCCCACAGGCCGGAGCCCCUUCUAGGCCGCCCAGGUACAGCUCCAGCCCGAUCCCUGAGCCCUUCGGCAGCCGAGGGUCCCCCCGGAAGGCGGCCACCGAAGGCACAGACACCCCGUUCGGACGAUCAGAGAGUGCCCCAACCCUGCACCCCUACAGACCAUUGUCCCCCAAGGGCCGUCCGUCGUCGCCGCGCACCCCGCUCUACCUGCAGCCGGACGCCUACGGCAGCCUGGACCGCGCGCCCUCGCCCCGGCCCCGCGCCUUCGAUGGCGCAGGCAGCUCCCUCGGCCGUGCGCCCUCCCCGCGGCCUGGGCCCGGCCCACUCCGCCAGCAGGGUCCCCCUACACCUUUCGACUUCCUGGGCCGCGCAGGCUCCCCCCGCGGCAGCCCCCUGGCAGAGGGGCCCCAGGCCUUCUUCCCCGAGCGCGGGCCGUCACCGCGCCCCGCUGCCACCGCCUACGACGCGCCUGCCUUCGGGAGCUCCCUGCUAGGCGCGGGUAGUAGCGCCUUUGCCCCGCCUCUGCGCGCGCAAGACGACCUGACGCUGCGCCGGCGGCCCCCGAAAGCCUGGAACGAGUCUGACCUGGACGUGGCAUACGAGAAGAAGCCUUCGCAGACAGCGAGCUAUGAACGCCUGGAUGUCUUUGCACGGCCCGCCUCGCCGGGCCUGCAGCUGUUGCCUUGGAGGGAGAGCAGCCUGGACGGACUGGGGGGCACCACCAAGGACAACCUCACCAGCGCCACCCUUCCGCGCAAUUACAAGGUCUCCCCUCUGGCCAGCGACCGGCGUUCAGACACAGGCAGCUACCGCCGCUCGCUGGGCUCCGCGGGGCCGUCGGGCACUUUGCCUCGCAGCUGGCAGCCCGUCAGCCGCAUCCCCAUGCCCCCCUCCAGCCCCCAGCCCCGCGCGGCCCCGCGCCAGCGUCCCAUCCCCCUCAGCAUGAUCUUCAAGCUGCAGAAUGCCUUCUGGGAGCAGGGGGCCAGCCGUGCCAUGCUCCCUGGGUCCCCCCUCUUCACCCGAGCACCCCCACCUAAGCUGCCUCCCCAGCCCCAGCCACAACCACAGGCCCAGCCACAACCGCAGCCCCAGCCACAACCACAGCCCCAGCCACAACCACAGCCCCAGCUGCCCCCACAGCCUCAGCCACAAGCCCCUACCCCAGCCCCCCAGCCUCCCCAACAGACAUGGCCCCCUGUGAACGAAGGACCCCCCAAGCCCCCCACCGAGCUGGAGCCUGAGCCGGAGAUAGAAGGGCUGUUGACACCAGCGCUGGAGGCAGGCGAUGUGGAUGAAGGCACUGUAGCAAGGCCUCUCAGCCCCACAAGGCUGCAGCCAGCACUGCCACCGGAGGCACAGUCAGUGCCCGAGCUGGAGGAGGUGGCACGGGUGCUGGCCGAGAUUCCCCGGCCCCUCAAACGCAGGGGCUCCAUGGAGCAGGCCCCUGCCGUGGCUCUGCCCCCUACCCACAAGAAACAGUACCAGCAGAUCAUCAGCCGCCUCUUCCAUCGCCAUGGGGGGCCAGGGCCCGGGGGGCUGGAGCCAGAGCUGUCCCCCAUCACUGAGGGAUCUGAGGCCAGGGCAGGUCCCCCUGCUCCUGCCCCACCAGCUCCCAUCCCACCCCCAACCCCGCCCCAGAGCAGCCCACCAGAGCAGCCACAGAACAUGGAGAUGCGCUCGGUGCUGCGGAAGGCUGGCUCCCCGCGCAAGGCCCGCCGCGCGCGCCUCAACCCUCUGGUGCUGCUCCUGGACGCGGCGCUGAGCGGGGAGCUGGAAGUGGUGCAGCAGGCGGUGAAGGAGAUGAACGACCCGAGCCAGCCCAACGAGGAGGGCAUCACCGCCCUGCACAACGCCAUCUGCGGCGCAAACUACUCCAUUGUGGACUUCCUCAUCACCGCGGGUGCCAAUGUCAACUCCCCCGACAGCCACGGCUGGACACCCUUGCACUGCGCGGCGUCGUGCAACGACACAGUCAUCUGCAUGGCGCUGGUGCAGCACGGCGCUGCGAUCUUCGCCACCACGCUCAGCGACGGCGCCACUGCCUUUGAGAAGUGUGACCCGUACCGCGAGGGUUAUACUGACUGCGCCACCUACCUGGCAGAUGUGGAGCAGAGUAUGGGGCUGAUGAACGGCGGGGCGGUGUACGCUCUCUGGGACUACAGCGCCGAGUUCGGGGACGAGCUGUCCUUCCGCGAGGGCGAGUCGGUCACUGUGCUGCGGAGGGACGGGCCGGAGGAGACCGACUGGUGGUGGGCCUCUCUGCAUGGCCAGGAGGGCUACGUGCCGCGGAACUACUUCGGGCUCUUCCCCAGGGUGAAGCCUCAAAGGAAUAAAGUCUAGCAGGAUAGAAGGAGGUUUCUGAGCCCGACAGAAACAAGCAUUCCUGCGUUCGCUGCAGACCUCCUGCUCCGUUUUCUGCUUCCUUUAUCUGCACCCCUCGCCCUGCUGGUGGUGGUCCUCGCCACCGGUUCUCUGUUCUCCCGUAAGUCCAGGGAAGAAUGAGAACCCCAGCCUUAAAUUUAGGAAUCUGCCUUAGCCUUGAGAGGUCCAGGAAGGGCUGGAAAUCACUGGGGACAGGAAACCACUCCGUUUUGCCAAAUCGGAUCCCGUCCAAAGUGCCUCUGAUGCCUACCCCACCACCACCUCCCCCAGCAAGCCAGCCACCUGCCCAGCAGAGCCUGGGAUGGGCGACCACACCCCUGGAUAUGCCUGGGAGUCACCGCUACCUCCAGCUCUCCCAGCAGUCUUGAGGUCUAGAUGGGAAACAUUGGUCUCCACCAGGAUCCCUGCCCCACCUCUCCCCAGUUAAGUGCCUUCAUACAGCACUGGUUUACUGUUUAUAUACAAAAUAGGGAAACUUUCCUUUAUAAAUAAAAGUAGAUUGCACAGAAAUUGA